CUACCUACAUUGCAUGUUUUAUAUUUUUAGUCCGUUGUAAUAUUUAUAAAUCUGAAAUAUUCAAAAUUGAAAUUCAAUUUCCUGUUCAAAUCGAAGGUGAUAACCUGAGUGUUCCGUAUUGUACCCCAGAAUAUUACCCUCAUACAUUAUUGAUCAGUCUGGUCCAUUUGCGCAGCUUCUCCAUAUCCGCCGACAUUGAUACAGAAAAUCUGUGAAUUUGGAAUACUCCAAAAAGAAAUCUUUAAAAUGAACUCAAUAUUAUAUAAUACAACCUCAUCAUCUUUCAGUCGAAAAAAUCAAAAAUAGUGUAGAAUUUCACGAAAAUUUAUACCGGAAAAAAUCAAGAAUAUCAAGAUGAUGCUGGGUCGUAAGCAAAGUCUAAAGGGAGAACCUGUUUUGGCAGACUAUGGUCCCGAUGAAGCUUUCAAUGAAAGUGCUGAUAUAGAGUGGGUGAACAAGAGAUGGGUUAGAAGAGUGAUGAGAACCUGUGCCCUAUUGAGCCUUGCUUCUGUAAGCUGCAAUACCCCAAAAACAUUCGAGAAAUUUCAUUUUAUGCAAACUACCACUUUUUCUGUGGAUGCCGUUGUUACAUUUCUUUUCACUUCUGAAAUGAUAGCCAAAAUGCACAUAAGAGGAAUACUGAAGGGAGAUCGCCCAUAUCUGAAAGACCACUGGUGCCAGUUCGAUGCCAGUAUGGUGUUUUUCUUGUGGAUAUCGGUAAUUCUGCAAGUUUUUGAAAUGCUAGGCAUCGUUCCAAGAUACAGCUAUCUAUCUAUCCUGAGAGCUCCUAGACCACUAAUAAUGAUACGAUUUUUAAGAGUAUUUCUCAAGUUUUCAAUGCCAAAAUCUAGAAUAAACCAAAUAUUCAAGCGAUCCAGCCAACAAAUAUACAAUGUGACGUUAUUUUUCCUAUUUUUCAUGUCACUCUAUGCAUUACUGGGAGUUCAGUUUUUCGGAGAACUGAAAAACCAUUGUGUAACUGAAGGUACUCCUUCACCUAGGCAUGUUACAAUCAACAGUCUUGCAAUACCAGAUACUUUCUGUUCUCUAGAUCCAUCCUCAGGUUAUCAGUGUCCAAAAGGGAUGAAAUGUAUGAAAAUGGAAGGGGUGUCUAGAUAUAUUAUUGGAUUCAAUGGUUUUGAUGAAUUUGUAACCAGUUUCUUCACGGUAUAUCAAGCAGCCUCUCAAGAAGGAUGGGUCUUCAUAAUGUACAGAGCAAUUGACUCGCUUCCAGGCUGGCGAGCUGUCUUGUAUUUUAGCACCAUGAUCUUUUUUUUAGCUUGGCUAGUGAAGAACGUCUUCAUAGCUGUUAUCACUGAAACAUUUAAUGAAAUACGAGUUCAGUUUCAACAGAUGUGGGGUAUUAGAGGCCAUAUUCAAAACAGCUCAGCUUCUCAAAUUUUGAUUGGUGAUGACAGAGGCUGGAAACUUGUUACUGUUGAUGAAAACAAGCAUGGGGGUCUAGCUCCUGAAUUCUGCCACACUAUCCUGAGAUCUCCUCAUUUCAGACUGAUUGUGAUGUGCGUUAUUUUGGCUAAUGGUAUAGUAGCAGCGACUAUGCGAUUUGAACAUGAUGGAAGACCCCGACAUGUAUUUUACGAAAAUUAUUACUAUCUAGAACUUGGAUUCACUGCACUCCUUAAUUUGGAAACGAUUUUCAAAAUAUGGUGUUUGAGUUGGCGUGGUUAUUGGAAACAUUCGAUACAUAAAUUUGAGUUGCUGCUUGCAGUAGGUACUACCAUCCACGUCAUACCGGUUUUCUACAUGACUGGCUUUACCUACUUCCAAGUUUUGAGGGUAGUAAGGUUGAUCAAAGCAUCCCCUCUACUUGAAGAUUUUGUUUAUAAAAUAUUUGGACCAGGCAAAAAAUUGGGAAGUCUGAUAAUUUUUACUAUGUGCUUGUUGAUUAUAUCGUCGAGUAUUUCCAUGCAGUUGUUUUGCUUUUUGGAUUUUGCAAAAUUCGAAACUUUUGUAGAGGCAUUUAUGUCCAUGUUCCAAAUUUUAACGCAGGAAGCUUGGGUGGAGGUUAUGGACGAAACUAUGUUGAGAACACGGUCAAUGUUGGCUCCCUUGGUUGCUGUUUAUUUUAUAUUGUACCAUUUGUUUGUCACAUUGAUUGUAUUGAGUUUGUUCGUCGCAGUUAUUUUGGACAAUCUAGAACUGGAUGAAGAUAUAAAAAAACUAAAGCAACUAAAAUAUAGAGAACAAAGUGCAGAGAUAAAAGAAACCUUACCGUUCCGGCUUCGAAUAUUUGAAAAAUUCCCUGACAGCCCUUUAAUGGUAACUUUACACAAAGUACCAUCGGAUUUCAAUCUCCCAAAAGUGAGGGAAAGUUUCAUGCGCCAAUUUGUUAGUGAGACAGAAGAUGAUGACAAUUCAGAGGGUGGAAUCAAGAAGAUUAGUGAAGAGGUCUUUGAUUCUAAAAUCAUUUACAGAAAACAAAAGCCUCUCAAAAUUUUGAACAAUCUACCGAAAGUAAGAGUUGUAAAUCUAAAACUGAAGAAAACUGCUGUGGCACAUAUUAUUAAUGACUCCAACAAUCAAAGACUAAUGCUUGGCGACUCAUCGAUAAUUCCUGUUCCUGGGACUAAAGGAACCCUCAAACCUCAAGGAACGGUUAAUAGUAUGAAACAGUUACGUAUUGACCAUAAGAAAUUUGGUUCAAGAUCAAUUAGACGAAGUGUACGUAGUGGUUCUAUUAAACUAAAACAAACCUACGAGCAUCUGAUGGAAAAUGGAGACAUUGGAGUCAACAGAGUAACUUCUAACAGAGCCAGGCCCCACGACUUGGAUAUCAAACUACUACAAGCUAAAAGACAGCAGGCAGAAAUGAGGAGGAAUCAGCGUGAAGAAGAUUUACGAGAAAACCAUCCCUUUUUUGACACCCCCUUAUUUGCAGUUCCAAGAGAAAGUAAAUUUCGAAAAUUCUGCCAAUUGAUUGUGUAUGCAAGAUAUGAUGCUAGGCUCAAAGAUCCUCUUACUGGGAAGGAGAGAAAAGUUCAAUAUAAAACAUUGCACAACUUUCUCGGCUUGGUGACUUACCUAGACUGGGUGAUGAUUACAAUGACUACUUUAUCGUGUCUUUCUAUGAUGUUUGAAACACCCUCCUAUCGCGUGAUGGAGAAUGCCAGUUUACAAGUGGCAGAAUAUGGAUUUGUUAUAUUUAUGAGUAUAGAACUGGCUUUGAAAAUUCUAGCUGAUGGUUUAUUUUUUACUCCAAAGGCUUAUGUAAAGGAUGUGGCUGCGGUUUUAGACGUAUUUAUAUACUUAGUUAGCCUAACAUUCCUUUGGUGGAUGCCAAGAAGUGUUCCCCCUAACUCAGGAGCACAGCUUUUGAUGAUUCUUCGAUGCUUGAGACCCUUGAGAAUAUUCACCUUAGUUCCCCAUAUGAGUAAAGUUGUGUGCGAACUGUGCAGAGGUUUCAAAGAAAUCCUUCUUGUAUCUACAUUGCUUAUUCUGCUCAUGAUCAUUUUCGCAACUUACGGAGUUCAUAUGUAUGGAGGAAGGCUUGCAAGAUGCAAUGAUCCGAAUAUAACCAGGAGGGAAGACUGUGUAGGUGUGUUCUUGAGAAGAGUUUUUGUGACAAAAAUGAAGGUUCAACCUGGUGAAAACGAGACAUAUCCUACUAUGCUUGUUCCUAGGGUGUGGGCAAAUCCAAGAAGAUUCCAUUUCGAUAACAUAGGUGACGCGUUAUUGACUUUAUUUGAGGUUCUUUCCUUCAAAGGUUGGUUAGACGUUAGAGAUGUAUUGAUAAAAUCCUUGGGCCCUGAUCAAGCCAUUUACAUCCACAUCUAUAUAUUUUUGGGCUGUAUGAUUGGUCUAACAUUAUUUGUUGGUGUUGUUAUCGCAAAUUAUUCGGAAAACAAAGGAACAGCAUUAUUAACAGUAGACCAAAGAAGAUGGUGUGAUCUUAAGAAGAGAUUGAAGAUCGCCCAACCUCUGCAUUUACCUCCUAGACCAGACGGAAAGAAAUUCAGAGCAUUCAUUUACGAUAUAACUCAAAAUAUUAAAUUCAAAAGAUGUGUUGCUCUCAUGGUUCUGAUCAACAGCGGGCUCCUAAGUGUUACAUGGAAUGAAAAAGAUGCAUAUACAGAUAUUUUAGCAACAGUUGAUAUGAUAUGCACUCUAGCGUUCGUUGGAGAGGUAGUAAUGAAAAAUAUAGCUUUCACGCCCAGAGGAUACUUGCAAUCAAGAAGAAACCGAUAUGACUUAUUCGUAACUGUUAUGGGAGUUCUAUGGAUGUUUUUCCAUUGUAUGUUCAAGAAUGAUUUAACCUAUUUCGUUGGUUUCAUGGUGAUCAUUCUUCGGUUUUUCACAAUAACUGGAAAACAUGCAACACUCAAAAUGUUAAUGCUAACUGUCGGAGUUUCUGUGUGUAAAAGUUUCUUCAUCAUUUUUGGUAUGUUCUUACUAGUUUUCUUUUAUGCUCUCGCCGGAACAAUAAUAUUUGGCACUGUCAAAUACGGAGAAGGUAUUGGGAGACGAGCAAACUUUGAGUCUCCAGUAACAGGAGUAGCCAUGUUAUUCAGGAUAGUUACUGGUGAGGAUUGGAAUAAAAUAAUGCACGACUGUAUGAUACAACCUCCCUUUUGCACCCCUGCUGCAAACUAUUGGCAGACUGAUUGCGGAAAUUUUUAUGGAUCACUGAUAUAUUUCUGCACUUUUUACGUUAUCAUCACUUACAUCGUAUUGAAUCUAUUGGUGGCUAUCAUCAUGGAAAACUUUUCUUUAUUUUAUUCCAACGAAGAAGAUGCACUGCUAUCAUAUGCAGACAUAAGGAAUUUUCAAAAUACUUGGAACGUUGUAGAUAUACAUCAGAGGGGGGUUAUACCAGUACGAAGAGUCAAAUUUAUACUCAGGUUACUCAAGGGUCGUUUGGAAGUAGAUCCUCAAAAAGACAGGCUCCUAUUCAAACACAUGUGUUAUGAGCUGGAAAGACUUCACAAUGGAGAAGAUGUGACUUUUCACGAUGUUAUCAAUAUGCUUUCCUAUCGAUCAGUUGACAUUAGGAAAGCCCUUCAGUUAGAAGAAUUAUUGGCUCGGGAAGAAUUUGAGUAUAUUAUUGAAGAAGAAGUAGCAAAGCAAACCAUAAGGACAUGGCUGGAAGGUUGCCUCAAAAAGAUCAGAUCAGCAAAUAAACAACAAAAUAGUUUGAUAGCAGGCCUGCGAGCAACGAACGAGGCACUUUCAGCGCCUGACCCUGCAGAGGAGAACAAAAAUGAAAGCCUCGAUCAAGAGACUGAAGCAGAAGCGAAUAAAGAAAAUGAAGCUAAAAAACAGAAAACAACUAAUCUGCCGAGAUCCGACAGUGUGGGUAGUAGCUCCGGUAGAAAAUUCCUAGCUCCAACAUUGUCUGAUCCAGCAGCGAGACCGGAAAAGGAGCGAAUCGUGACAAAAAAGAAAAACGCUCGUCCUGUGGUCGUUAAUAAAAAUCUGACGCAUCUGAAUGACAGUGAAAGUAGGAUUCCAAGAGAAGUGUUCAACAGCAAGACUACCGUUCCAAAAGCUAGUAAUGCUUUACACGAAAUCAGGGACUGGUGGAAUGAGCAACUGGCAUAUAUUUCAUCCAGCGAUGACGACUAAGUAUCAAUAAUUUCCAGAGAGUUUCUGAGAGCCCAACUAGUUUCAUAACAAUAUUCACGUUCUGAAGAGAAAAUGUAGGAAUGACAGAACUUACAGGAUCAAAUCCCUUCUUCUCAUAUUUUAUAAGGAUGUAUUCUAGAUCAUAAUUGUUUUGGGAGUUUUUCUGAAAGUUGUUAAUGAAAGAUUGUAAGUAAAUGUUGAAUAAAAGAUCAUUUUUAAUGUA